UGGGGAAUUCCCAGUACGCUUGUGUGUCUGUGUGAAGAAUUGAUACUGUGUAUAUCUUUUCAGCACUUUAUAGCUCACACACAUUCAGUAGACCUAAGAGAAGAAGGGUGAUCGGAGAUAUGGAUGCGCAUCUCCUCCCAAUGCACAGGGACCCCCACCUACUGGGAGAGCCCUGUGUUCAGAUCUUUGAGCAGCCAAAACAGAGAGGCAUGCGCUUCAGGUACAAAUGCGAGGGCCGUUCAGCAGGCAGCAUUCCCGGAGAAAAAAGCUCUGACAAUAAUCGGACGUAUCCCAGCAUUCAGAUUCUGAAUUUUUCCGGUAAAGGAAAAGUACGUGUUUCCUUGGUGACCAAAAGCGAACCAUACAAACCACAUCCCCAUGACCUGGUGGGUAAAGACUGCAAGGAUGGUUAUUAUGAAGCUGAAUUCGGACCUGAACGCCGAGCUAUUGCUUUCCAAAACCUGGGCAUCCAGUGUGUACGGAGGAGAGAAGUGAGGGAUGCAAUAAUGCAGAGGAUUGCACGAUGCAUCAAUCCUUUCAAAGUUCCCCGGGAACAGCUGCUGCAAACUGAGGAGUACGACCUAAACGUGGUUCGUCUAUGCUUCCAAGUUUACCUGCAAGAUGAGACUGGAAUGUAUAACACCAUGCUGCCUCCCAUUGUCUCCAACCCCAUCUAUGACAAUAGAGCACCAAACACAGCUGAGCUGAGAAUCUGCCGAGUAAACAAGAACAGUGGCAGUGUAAAGGGAGGAGAUGAGAUCUUCCUCCUCUGCGAUAAAGUACAAAAAGAUGACAUUGAGGUGAGGUUCUUCACUCCAACCUGGGAGGCCAAAGGUUCCUUCUCUCAGGCAGAUGUACACAGGCAAGUGGCCAUCGUGUUUAAGACGCCCCCUUACUUUGAUACCAGCAUCACAGCUCCGGUCACAGUGCGCAUGCAGCUGCGACGUCCCACGGACCAGGAGGUCAGUGAGCCCAUGGAGUUCAGAUACCUGCCCGAUGACAAAGAUCCCUAUGGCUGUCAAGAGAAGAAGCGCAAAAUUGAAAGCCUGAUGAAAUCUUUCCCCAGCUUCUCCCAAGGAGCUAUGAGCUCGAUAAACAGACCAAAAGCAGUGCCUUCAUCCAACAUGAUGAGUCACAGAAUCAAAACCGAACCACAAAAUUAUCGUCUGCCCAACCAUGGUGUGCCGAGACAAAAUCCAUCUGGCUAUUAUAGCAAAGUCCCUCAGUCCCGCCCCAUGAUGCCACCUCUAUCAGAAAUUCCAUCUCAAGAGACACUCAACCAAGCAUGGACCAGCCAAGUCUUAAACAACGCCAGUAACGGGGUGACCCUACAACAGGUAAACCCAAGUCCUAAUAUGACCAGCACAGGGGAAAGUGGAAACAGCCUCCCCCUUUUAACCUCUUUGGAUCUGGAUAUGGAGUUUCUUCAGAGCAAUGGCCAAACAGCCAGCCAGCCUCGACAGGAGCAACCGAGCCAGCAGCUCCAGCCAGCCCAACAGGCACCCCCAAGACGAGAGCCUCUGCAGGGAAUAGAUGCAUCCCAUACUUGGUUCAAUAGCUUUGGCUUCCAACAGUCUCAAAACACACAGAAUGGGGCAGCGGCCACAGGCGGGUCAUUGGGAGUGGGCUACAACAUAGAUGAUGAGUUUCUGCAAAAUCUAAUGGGCAGCCAUCAGCAAGGCCACCACUUGAAACAGGAGUCUCAAAGUCCUAGCAACAUGGCUAUGCUGGGUUCAGCCUGCACCAUGUCCUCUGACUGUAACCAGUCCUUCACCGCUCUGCUGAACUGCCCCAACACCAAUGGAAGCAGCCAGGAGGCCAUGAGGCAAAUGGAAACCAGUGGUCAAAGUCAGAGGGGAUCACAGGGGCUCUACCCCACCAGUGGCAUGGGGCAGGACAGUCACCUUGAUGCUUUAAACUGGCCAUACUGAGUUAUACAUCUGCAUCUGUUCAAGAUUAAUGUAAUAUAAUAUCUACAUGUUGACUAAGUGGCAAUGUGUAAGGUUAGAGGCAACGUGAAUAGGAGCAUGGUUUUAAUCUAGGCUCGGAUUCAUGUUUACUGAAUGUAUUUUAUUUUUUUUAUUUUUUUUGAAAAGCAGGUAGGCUCAUUGUCCUAAUAUGAGACUAAGAUGCUGAUGAUCAUGUUUGAAAAGUUUGGGAAAAUGUGUCCACAAAUUCUCAAGAAUAUCAAAGUAGAUGUGUUCCUUAAAGUGGGAACUUGCAGGGGUUUUUCCCCGGGUAAUGGCUAUGUCAUUUUAUACAUGCUUCUUAUCCAAGGUUCUCAAACAUACUGUUUUCAGUCUUUCAUUGCUAAACUAAUAUAAAUGUUUUAUUUUUGAUUUACUCUAUUGAACAUACACUUGUUAUGAUUGUAAAACUGCUUUUAUAUGUCUUUAUAUGUUGUUAAUGUUUUGUAUUUUUAUAAAAUUUAAAUGUAUACUACUGAACUGCAUAUGUUUUGUUUCUGAGAUGAUUUAUGGAAAAAGAAACAUUUUAUGUAGGUGAAACAUUUUUCAUUCAUUUUGUUAAUAGGUGUAAAAAGGCCUCAACAUUUGUUUGAAUUAAUCAGCUAUUUUAUAACUGUUUCUGCUUUACAUUCUAAAGUUCAGGUCAAUAAAAUAAUAAACUCAA